AUGGGCCGGCGAAGCAGAGACUCGUCCAGACGUCCGUCUGCAGACGAGGGAGAGGCGGUUGAAGUCAAGCGCGAGGAGUCGGUGGACGCUGAGCUUGCUCACGAGCUCAGCAGCACCCGCGUAGCGACAAUCAAGCAUCAAGACUCGGCGAGCCCCUCGGCUUCACCAUCUCUGAAACCAGUCCGAUUAAAGUCCUCACGCUCAUCCUCUGCGUCGACAUCUUCUUCAAAUCGGCCUCCCGCCGCUGAUCCUGACACGUCAACUGCCAAGACAGAGCCGAACGAGGCAAAUGGUCACCACUCAACCUCCACCUCGCCCAUCAAGCCUGAGCCCAAGGAGCCCUCGAAGCCCGCAAGGACCUCCCGAACCGCCUCUAAGCUGCCCCCUCGUGUCGCUCCUCUCUUCAACCACCUUCCAGACGCAACACAAGAAGCGACAUCCACUUUCACUGUCAUUGAUGCGUGCACUUACCAAAACAAAUACCUCGGUUUCAGCGAACAUGCCCUCGACUGUGAUUGCAGCGAGGAGUGGGACCCGUCCACCAGGCGGAACCUUGCCUGUGGGGAGGAUUCCGACUGCAUCAACCGCGCGUGUAAAAUGGAAUGUGCUAAUGACUGCGGCUGCGGUGUCUCGUGCCGAAACCAAAGAUUUCUCAGACGCCUCUACGCCAAAGUGUCCAUCAUCAAGACCGAAAAGAAGGGCUAUGGCCUGCGCGCCGACGUCGAUUUGCGACCGCAUGACUUCAUCUUCGAAUAUAUCGGAGAGACCAUCCCCGAAGCGACAUUUCGGAAGCGCAUGCUGCAGUAUGAUGAGGAAGGCAUCAAGCAUUUCUAUUUCAUGUCCCUGAGCAAGGGUGAGUUCAUCGAUGCGACGAAGAGAGGGAACCUCGGCCGUUUCUGCAAUCACUCCUGCAACCCCAAUUGCUACGUCGACAAAUGGGUGGUCGGGGACAAAUUGCGAAUGGGCAUCUUCGCUGAGCGGUACAUCAAAGCCGGCGAAGAAUUGGUCUUCAAUUACAAUGUCGAUCGAUAUGGUGCCAAUCCACAACCCUGCUACUGUGGCGAGGCCAACUGCACAGGUUUCAUCGGAGGAAAGACCCAGACCGAACGGGCCACGAAACUGUCAGCUGCGACCAUAGAGGCCUUGGGCAUCGAAGAUGCUGAUUCUUGGGAUACCGUGGUUGCGAAGCGCCCGCGCAAGAAGAAGACGGCGGAAGAUGACGAGGAAUACGUUGACAGCGUCGAAGCGAAAUCCCUGGAUGUGGACGGUGUGACCAAGGUCAUGGCCGCUCUAAUGCAAUGUAAAGAGAAAUGGAUUGCCGUCAAGCUCUUGCAACGCAUACAACGAUGUACUGACGAUCAAGCCUGGCAUCGGGUCGUCAGAUUCCACGGUUACCAGAUACUCAACUCGCAGCUAUCGGCAUGGCGAGACGAUGAGAAUAUCAUUCUUCAGAUUCUUGACGUUCUGGACCGAUUGCCACGGCUGACGAGAAAUAAGAUCGUUGAUGCAAAGAUUGACAAGACAAUGGAAUCUUUGACCAGCCACUCGGACGAUAGGGUAGCAACUCAAGCCUCAGCACUCUUGGAUGCUUGGUCAAAGCUCGAACUAGCAUACAGAAUACCGCGGAAGAAAAGGGAAGACGCAUCCACACCAGUCAAGACGGAGAUAACGCCAUUCGAGAGGCGAGAGUAUGCUCAAGAACGAAAACGAUCCAAAUCGAGGUCACCCUCUCCCCCGCGAGGCCCAGCCUCGCUAAAUGCGCCCUCGGGUCCGCGAUCACUCCAAAGACCCGGAGCCUUCUACCAACGUCCUCCUCUACCCUUUCAUCGGGGACCACCUCCGCUCCCGCGAGGCUGGUUUACAGCCCAAGACAAAGGCAGGACAUAUUAUUAUUCCGUUAAUGGGCAGACGACAUGGUCGCGACCGACAAAACCCGCGGAGGAAGCUCCUCCCCCACCGCCGCCGAAACAACCGUCAGAGCGGGAUGUGCUGAAGAGUAUCAUCGACAACAUCGUCACGUCUCAUGACAAAGACCCCAAGAACAGUACCCCAGAUACGCCGGAGCUGUCCAAAGCCAAGAAGGAAGAGAAGUGGAAAUCGUUCGACUUGGAGAAGCAGAAGAAGCUUUACGAGAAUACUCUCUUCCCUCAUAUCUCUCACGUAAUGAACAAAUACAAGCACAAAAUCCCCCGUGACGACCUAAAACGUUUUGCAAAAGAGAUAGCCAAAAAGCUGGUGGCAUCAGACUACAAAGCCGGUCGAGUGCAAGAUCCCACCAAGAUCGAAGAGCGGCAACAAAAGAAGGUCAAAGAAUUUUGCAAGCAAUUCUUCGAAAAGGCCUAUCAAAAGCACAAGAAGCACGAAGCGGAAAGAGCGGCCAGGGAAAAAAGAAAGAAAGGUCCAGGAGGAGGUGAAGGACCUGGUCCGUCACCUGCUCAGUCUCCCGCCGCAUCGCCUCCCGAGGCGGACACGACCAUGGAUCAUGAAGACGUCAAAAUGUCGGACAAUGAAGAUGAGGACGCGGAAGCCACACCCAACUUCAAUACGCCAUCAGAACCAAACGGGACCGGGACGUUAAAGCGCAAACGAGUCCAAGCAGACGAUUCUGCGGCAGGUGGAAGAGAGGACGAGAGCGAACCGAUUGGGUCGCCGAUAAAGAGACUCAACAUGGAGAUCGAGACACCUCCGCCUCCGCCACCUCCACCUGCGCCGCCAGCGGAGACACCACCUGACAGUACACCCCGUGAAGGUGAACAUGACGGUGCAGAUAUGGAGAUGGGCGGAGAGACCGACAUCUACGCGGACACCAAUUUUAAAGGAAAAAGCAUGGCAGACGUGCUCGCCCAGGCGCAGGCGGAGAAUGCAGAUGAAGGGGAUGACUCGGAAGAUGUAGUCAUGAGGAAUGGAAUAGCAUCGGGAGGCGAAGGGGAGACUGGAAAUCCCAUGAAGGACAACCAGCCUGUCGACCAAACAGUGGCAGAUCGAUAA